AUGGGUGGUCAGAGUCGAGUUUACCCCGGCGAUUCAUCGUCUCCCUUGUACUCUAGCAGUGCGCGGCGGUCACUGUUCUUACGCGUCGGCGCUGCCUUCUUUGCAGGAUUCGUUAUAUGCCUGGCUGUAGUUGCACGAUAUGCCUCAAGCCGAUCAUUUUCAGCCUUCACUGCUUUACUGCCUACGGACGUGGGAACACCCGAAUGGCACCAGUACCCUCCGGCCGAGCCCACCAACGGAUUUCCCUCCGUGUUUCCAUCCAAUGUUGGCUAUCCUGGUCGAACACAAGCAGGUGCCGAGCCUGGCGUAGCUGCUACAGCUCCUGCCUAUCCUUUGCAUUCUAAUGUAGCGCACCUUGUACCCCCUACGCGUUUUUCUAAGGACAACACGAAGGUCACAACGAAGGACUUCAAUAUUUUCCGUAGCUGGGGAGGCUUAUCUCCCUGGUACUCCAUCCCACGUGGAAAAUUUGGUGUAGAUUCUAGUCCAGAAGCCCCCGAUACCUGUAACAUCACUGGCGUGCAUCUUCUACACCGUCACGGUGCACGAUACCCUGGUGGCUAUUCUAGCACCAGUGGGCCGAGUGGGUUUGCCUCGAAGUUAAACAAGAAUGCAGAAAAUGUCACCGUUACCGGACCUCUCUCAUUUUUGAACGACUGGACGUACAAGCUAGGAAGCGAAGGAUUAACACCUUUCGGGAGGUCUCAAUUGUUCGAUCUUGGCGUGUCGAUGCGCAUGAGAUACGGGUUUCUUCUGAAGAAUUUCAGCGAAACAAAUACCUUGCCUGUGUUCAGAACGGAGUCCCAAGCCCGGAUGUUGGAUUCUGCGCAUAACUUUGCUCUCGGAUUUUUUGGUUACCCUCUCGAGGGCCAGUAUCAACAAGAGAUCACGAUUGAGGCCAAAGGUUUCAACAAUACUCUAGCUCCUUUUCGAUCUUGUGCCAAUAGUGACAAUCCAAAUCGGGCCUUCCGCGGUGUACCACGCGCUAAUGCAUGGAUAGAAGUGUAUCUCAGGGAUACCGUUCCUCGUUUGCAGCAAUAUCUUGAUGGGUUUGAUUUGGAUGUUCAAGAUAUUUACGCCAUGCAGACAUUGUGUGCCUUUGAGACGGUUGCUCUUGGUUAUUCCAAGUUCUGCGAACUCUUCACGGAGAAGGAGUGGGAAGGCUUUGAUUAUUCAUACGAUAUUAACUAUUGGUACAAUGUAGCUUGGGGUUCACCUCUAGGUAGGGCAGAAGGAAUUGGCUAUGUGCAAGAGCUCGUGUCUCGUCUCACUCAGACGCCGAUUGAAACGCACAAUACUUCUACUAAUGCGACACUUCAUAACGCUGUCACUUUCCCCCUUGGGCACAGCCUUUACGUGGAUGCGACGCAUGAAACUGUAGUAUUGAAUGUCCUUACUGCAUUGAAUCUUUCGAGCUUUGCGGCGAUGGGACAAUUGCCUACUGAUCAUAUACCAAAACGGCGUACGUUUAGGUCAACAGAGCUUGCUCCAUUUGCAACCAAUGUACAGUUCCAGCUCUUGUCAUGCUCCACGGAGCCUGACCCACAAAUUCGUGUGAUUGUUAAUGACGGCGUUGUGCCGCUGGCAAAUCUGAAUGGGUGUCAAGAUCAUCCAGAUGGGAUGUGUUCGAUUCAUGCUUUUGUCGACGCGCAGAAAGAGAACAUUCGGAGUACGGAUUGGAACUUCGUUUGUAACGCCAACUGGACAAUCCCUGAUGGAUGGGAAACUACCACGGGCUACCCUGUUUAG